GCGCAGCCCGCUGCGGCGGCCGCGCCGGCCGCCCGGCCCGCUCCUUCCUGCACACGGCCGCGCCGCUGCGGCCGCCGCAGGGCAAGGCGCCGCCCGCCGCCCCGCCGCCCGCGCUGCCGCCGCGCCCCGCCGCCGCCGCCGCCGCCCGCGGGGGCGCGCCCGAGCCCUGCGCCGCCGGCGACUGCGCCGCCAACGGCACCCGCCGCGACUGCCAGGGCCUCGAGUGCCGCCUGCCGCCGCGGCUGCGCCCGCGCCCGCGGGCCGCCGCCGAGGGCUGCGCCGAGCCCGCGCUGCUGCGCGCCGCCGAGCGCGCCGCGCAGUUCGCCGGGGAGGACCUCGUCCACGGCGGCGCCGAGCUGGGCGGCGGCGCCCUGGGGGUGCAGCUCGCCUGCGACGUGAAGCCAGGAGAAAACGAAGUUCCAUCUGAAGAUGCUCUAGUACUACAGCUGCAGCUUGCAAAAGGGCACGAGAAAUUUAUUGAAAUGCUAAAAAGCCAGCAGCAGAUCAUUGUGGAUUUGCAGCAAAAACUUGCUGAACAGCAGCACAUACUGGUUAGCCAGCAGCGGGAAAUUCUUGAACAGCAAAGAAAAAUGUAUGAGCAAAUGGAUCUGAUCAAAGUUCAGUAUGGCAUGCUUUUUGACACAGUGAAACAAAUGUCAUUUCAGAGUUUGCAAGAAGAUAUUCAAAAUUAUUUUGAAAGUCAUCUUCAAGGACUUCAGAACCAGGUCAGAAAUCAUCUCCAGAAGUCAUACUCUGUCCAUAAAGUAGAAGUGGAUGCAAAAGCGAUUAAUGUUGGGGAGUCUUUGCUGGACUGUGGUCUUUGUGAAAGUGAUGAAUUCUGCAAUUUCCAAAAGACACCUUCACAGUGUGAAAAAUGCACGUUGUGUCCUGCUGGCUUUUUCCAAACGGCUGAGUGUUCUGCAAACUCUGAUCGGAUUUGUCAGGACAGAGACGAAUGCACUGAAUCUCCAAGCAUUUGUGGUGAGAGGAUAAAAUGCCUGAAUACACCGGGUGGCUUCCGGUGCCUUGGAGUUGCUGAGAAAGAUGCAGCUUUGGGACUGUGUGGAAAGGAGUAUUUCUUUAAUAAGGAAAUGCAGGAAUGUCAGGCGUGUUUAAAAUGCGAAGAAGGAAUGGUGGCCGUGCCUUGUUCCACCGUCAGCGAUACGGUUUGUUCAGCAGCCAGUGAAAACAAGCUUUCAGAGUCUUGGGCUGCAAACAUCAUUUUACCCUCUGCAAAGUCUGGCAUCUCUCAGGUCUACUCUGGCUUAAACUUGAAGAUAAAGGGAAAGCUUCACUGUGAAAUCCUAUCAGUUGAAGAUAACAGCUUGGUAUUCAGGCAGCAUGGUCUGUUGUGGACUGACCUAAAUUUUGCAAUAAAGCACAACUGCAGGAAUUUUUUGCAACUGUCCUUAAAGCUAAAUGGCAGUGAGGAAGGUUAUGAACUGAGCGGUGUUCGUAUUGAGCAGCCGGAGGGAAAAUAUUUCCAGAGCACUAGUCUAAGCAGUGCUGCUGAAGUGGAGCCCAGCCAAACACUUUCUGUGUUUUUGAGGAGUCCAAAUCAAUUCUGCAAUCAAAGUAAAGACUUACAUAUUUAUGAUCUUAAUACCCCGCUCAGUUUGUUUUGGUUGUCCCAUGACACGGGUGCUGUGGCAGUCAGUGCACAGAUGUCAACAGCAAUGCAUUACCAAACCAACUAUCGACCUACCUUUAAAAUAAUUUCUGUUUCUGACCCUUAUAUGCUAAGUUUAUCUCAUGAUGGCAGAGCUAUAAAGUUCACUGAAACUGGUGUUGUCAAAUUUGUGUUCCACCAAGCACUGUAUUCCAUGGGUCAUACAUGUGUCCGGGAGGGCUUCUCCUUAAUUUCUUAUAUCAAUAGGAAUGGUACUAACAGAGAAUUAAUGAAUGUGUUUAAAUGUGGGGUAAAUUACAGAGACACAUCAAUAUCUGCUUCUGGAGCCACAAAAGUUGAUGCUGGAGAUCUGGUUAGCUUUGAGAUACUUUCUCCUGCACAGUGUAAUGUUCGGUAUUUUGGAGACAGUUCUGGGAUUAGUAUGUUUAGCCUCAUCUGGAUCCCUUCAGCAGUUUCUACUGCUAUAUCAGCCACAGUUUCUGUUACAGGUCUGCCUACUGGAGCUGUGAGAAACAAAUUACUGGAUUUCACCCAGGUCUCAUCCAAUGAGAAACAGAUACAGCUGGUUUCUUCUGGACAUUUUGCUCAGAAGUAUUUCAUUUUUACUGAAAAGGGAAUUGCCAGCGUUGCCUUUAACUUAAAGCUGAUCCACUCGUGCAAUGUGCUCAAAAUGACUCUCAAUCAGUUGACCACGGAUCACAUGCAGCCCACAGCAAUUGCUCAGCAGAUUGGUGGUCAGAUGCCGGAGGGAAGCACAUGGACCAGCAUAUCUCUCUGUGCCUCAUUCGAAGUCCAUAAUGGAACGCUGGUAUCCGUUUCUCUUGACUGUGUGCGUGGAAGGAUCAACCAGAUCACUCAUGAACAUGGAACCAGUAUAUCUAUUUUAUGGAUUUCGUCUUAAUUUCUGUACAGUGAAGUUAGCACAGAACUGGAGUUUAAAUGGGAUUUGGAUGCUACUCUGAUUCUAUAGAUGUUUGACACCCUACACUGUGUGGAAAUGUACAGAAUGUCCCACUAAAAUACUCUCAAUUUUAGGAACAUUUAAAUAUAAUCUUAAUUGAAUGAUCAGUAUUUAAAGAAAAGAGAACUUCCAGUGUUCCAAGAUAUUACUCCUGUUAAUAUCUUCAAGCAGGAGAACCUUGAAUUCAAUUUGAACUCUCAUAUUUUUAACAAUGCAAUCUCCUAAAAUCAGUUAUUUCUGAACUACAAAAAAUUGCAGGUGAGGGUAAAUACAUACCUUUUAGUACUGAAACUGAAAGUGGCACCUACAAAUAAUCAAAACUUGCUUUCAGAUUCUUCACUGUAGCAGGCUAAUACCAGGACUGGAUGCACUUUGAGGCUAAUUUAUCUAAAUCUUAUAAAAUGUUAUGCUUUACAUAGGUGGAGAGAAAGUGCCUCAGACUAGAGGUGAUAAUAUGGCAACGCUGGAACAUACACGCUUAAUAUUCUGUUAAUGCACCUGGGUCAAAAAUAGAACAUUGUUUUUAAAAAAGAAUAGUUUUUCUUAACAAAGACAUUGAAACUAAUGAUCAUUCUAAUUUCAUUCAGAAAUAAUCUGGUUUUAAGUCUCUUGGGAAGGCUUUUUCCCACUUUUCUGUUUAGUAUUUGCCAACAAAAAAUUGCAUGAUGAGAAAGAAGGAAGACUAUUAAAAAAGGAGUGUAUGGGGAAAAGCAACAAAUACUUAAAGUAAUAUCUUGAAAAUGAGACUUUUAAAAAUGAAACUUUUUUUUCCAUUUCUUAUUGACCAAAUAUGUCUCUGACCAAAACAGAUCACCAGUCACAUGAGUAUUUAUUUUGCUGAAUAGCUGCUUAGUUUAAAACAGUUUUUUGGUUAGAUCAAUCAGUUAAUUCUAAAAAGAAUGGAGGUGUUCACUGACACUGAUUUUUGUCUUCCAGUUCUCUCAUCGCACUUUUUUUUCUUUUUCUAAUCUAUGAAGACUAUGUUCUCUCAUUUUCUCCUUUCUUCUACACAGAUGCUGUAAUACUGUUCUUUCUCAUUUCUUCUGUUAGGAGUAAAUGCUCUGUCAUGUAGCAAAGGCAGCUCAACCCUUUCUAGCCAUCCCUCACCAUCCCUACUGUGUGUGUCACAUACACAGUUAUGCAAAAGGGGCAUUAAUAAUGCACUCGCUAGCUGGUGAACAUCAACCUUGCUGAAAGCAGGAAUACUAUGCACGAUAUAAACAGUAAUGUAGGUGUUUGCCUGAGUACAUAUGUGUAAAAUAUGUGCACUGUCCUAUGCUCUUUACCUGUUUUAGAGUUUGUCACACUGCUUUUGCUGUAGUUUCCUCCUGUAAUUUUCUGGAAAAGUAUGAAACCAGAUACAAGGACUUCUGUCUGGUGAUUCUGUUUCUACUUACAACUUUGUAAUCUUGUCCUUAACACUUGUAGUUAUCCUUCCCUUAUCCUUUUUGCUUCAAGUCUAUACUCAAGUUAUAGAUAUGCAGGCUUAGGAUAAAUUGCUCUCCUGCUGCAGACAAGGAACACUAAUUUUCCUUUGCUUCCAAAGUCCUUCCUUUGCUGCAAAGUCUAAGCAGCCCAUCGCAAGGUACCUCACUUAGGCACUGUACUGAAGCCAGCAUAACCAUGCAAACCACAACAAAUUAAAUCCAGGUUUCACUGAGGUCUGUGACAGAGGUUCUAAGUGACUUUGAGUAGCCAGGCUCAUUCAUUCUGACUAGGACAUAAGGAAGGAUGGAUUAAAGCUAAUACUGAAAGUGUUCAACAUUUGCAAAAUGCUGUUAUCAUUACAGAGGAGACUUCUGGAAUUAGAGUGCUUGUAUCUAUUGUAUACAAUAUAGCUGCAUUACCUAGGAGCAGAGCAGUUUUUCUGGCUUCUUCACCCCAAAAGUCUGCUUAGACUGAACAAAGAGAAAAUGCCACAGGAGCUGAUGUUUUCUGACAUAUCCAUCUGCUUAGUAAGAUGAGCUGGUCACAUCACUCCUAGGUUGUUUCAAGGUCAUCAUAUCUUCCCUAGCAGACUCCACCCUACAAACAGAUGAUUUUGCUAGGAGAGGGUCAAAGGGCUUGUUCCUCAUGGAGGUGGGUAGCUCUUUUCGUUGCAAGAAUGCGUGAGACAUAGGAGGAGCUCUUCAGAGAGUGGGCUGAGAUAUUUCUAAGAUAAAACUUUAGCAGGGGACAAUGUUAGAGAAGGCUUGAAAUAAUAUGCUUGCGGUUUUGUUUUGGAGGAAGUUAAGAUUAAAGUCACUUUCUCAGUGGCAUAAUCCAUUAUUUUUCUUUGCCAUUUUGCUCUAUGCAACGGUUUUAAGAGCGGCCCCCACCCCAUGUCUACCAGUAUAAUGGCAGCUUAAGAGUCAUUCUGUAUUUAAACCUGUGUAGCAGUUAUCAGAAUCUGACAUUAGACAUAAUCUGAUAUAUCUUUAACAAAGUGUAGAUGUUGGAUAUAAAAUAAGCCUUUGCCUACAUAUAGGAUAGCAUAUAGCAAAUCUUAUGGCAUGAUUUGUAUGGAUAUGUUAUAUCUGAGUGAGACUGUAGUAUCAAUGGAAUUGCUUGAAUAGGAAAGAGGCUGACUUUUUAUGAUGCUCAGAUCCUGUAUCCUGUACAUGUUGAUACUUCUUACAUUUAAAUGCACUGUUAUUAAAGGCUGCAGAAACUACCAGGCAGGUUCAAGUGAACAUGUUACACCUAAGAGAGAUUUCAGAGUAUGAAUUCUUCAACGCAGUAAACCUUUUUGAGGACUCUUAGGGGAGUGUCCGUAAUUGCCCUUCAGUGCAAGGUAGAUUUUAGAUGCUCGGUGGCAGAAGUGCAGUAUUUGGCACCAAUCUGGUGGUGUUAAUGCAUCUAAUGCUGUUUUGCUAAUGUCAUUUGUGAGGAGUUACUCAAAUGAUGAAAAGAUCCAGUUUCUUCUGAAUGCUCCUGUGAAAUAUGUACUAUUAAUUACCAAAUGCAGCAAGCUUAACCAUAUGUCAAGAAAAGGCUGACUGGGCCUUUUUUCCAUCUCUCCAUUAAAAAAAAAAGCCUGAAACCAUAGAUCGGUCCACCUGCUGAUCUUGGUUAUAGUAAUUUGGAACAAGUAUGUUGGAAUCAGGGUGGGUUUAUGCUAGUUUAACUGACAGCAUAGUGUAGCCUUUCUGUCUAUGAAAAUGAUAUAUAUUACCUCAUAUCAUGCAACGUAAGUGGUGCACUAUGAUCCUAAAUAAGAUAAAUUCAAAAGGAAUCAGACUUAAUGUACAUGAAUGCUGUUUAUGGCACUUAUUCCAUUUGCUGUAACUGAUUGCAUGUUUUAUUCUUGACAGAUAUAUCAUGUUAUAUUUACAAUUCUUGAACUUUUUUAUUCAUGUUUUCAUAUGGUUUCUUUCUAGUUGUAGCACAAUAUAAUGCUCUGAAGAACAGAAUUCAUUUAAAAACUUGUUUUAUUUUGCAUCUUUUCAUACCUUGUUCUUGAAUAUGGUUAAAAUAUCUGGAGAUACUCUCUCCAGUCCUUGCUUCCAGAGAGUUUCCAGUGAGGGUAUUCAUAAAGUUAGGUCGUGCAGAGUAUGUCUGAGGCUUGCAGAAUCUAGCCACAGAGAAAAAGUUAGAGUUAAUACAUCUAGCAAGCCAUGAGGUUGUUUCACCUGUGUUAUGCAUAUGCAUCAGGUUGUUAUAGAAAAAUUUGCAGAAAGAAAAUCAUUUAUGUCUACUCAUAUAAGAGGAAAAGGCUUUGACUUACAAAACCUGCAUCAGUUUGUUGUGAAACAUCUUGUAGGUUCAAAGAUUUUACCUGAAAAUAUAUAUUAUUGUCAAUAAAAAGUUUUUAUAUUUACUGUAAAGUCAAAACUGGUCAGACUAUGUUAAAUAUACUUUAAUUUAAUAUUGUGGUUGAUUUCUGUGGUCUCUGCUGCAGUUUGUGCAGAUUACGUUGUGAAAACUUCACUAGUUUAAAGGGGUGCUUUUUUAUGAAAUUUCCUACUUCUAAAUAUUGCCAUGUUUUAAAAAUACUGUUUAGACACUUGUCUGUGUUAAUAUUUUAUCCUUUUCUUUUUUUUUAGAGAAUUUUACUGAAAUAAAACAAGAAGACUUCA